GGCUGUGCCGCUCUACACCCUUUCAACAGCAUGGACACUCGCGAGCGUGAGAGGCUGUCCGAACAGCGCGAUCUGGAAGAAGAUCCAGAUCACCAGGAGAGCGAGAGUAUGGCAGAAAAUCAGCACUUUGCCUCGAUUAUACGCGCCUAUGACGAGUAUCGUGCAUGGGGCCUCGCCAAGGCCGACCGGCUGGAGCGGCACUACGGCAAGCUCUCGGACGCGGACCGCGCCGUGAUGCGAGUCGACAAUAAGGUUGCCGGGAUGCGCGCCGCUGUCGAGCAGAAUGCGCGCGUCAUCGCGCAGCUCGUCGCGCCGCACCGUGCGUCCGUUCCCGCGGGCGACGACCCGAGGGUGCAGGUGGCGAUGCCUCAGCCCGACGGGUCGACGCGGUUCGUGCCAACCUCGCGCACGGACUACGUGCCCGAGUCGGACCUCGAGAAGGUGCAAUCGACGCUCAAGCAGUUUGUGCGCGAGUGGGGCGCCGAGGGCCGCGCCGAGCGAGAGUCGGCCCACGGGCCGGUGCUCGACGCGCUGCGCAAGGAGUUCCCGCAGCCGGAGGGCGUGCGGGUCCUCCUGCCAGGCGCGGGCCUCGGGAGGUUGGUGUGGGAGGUUGCGAUGGCGGGCUACGUGGCGCAGGGCUGCGAGUUCUCCUACUUUAUGCUCAUCGCCGCCGACUUCCUCAUGAACCGGCUCGGCGCGGCGCAGGAGACGGUGACGCUGCACCCGUGGGCGCUACAGACGUGCAACGCCGUCUCCGCGGCGGACCAGCUCCGGCCCGCCGUCGCGCCCGAGGUGCCUCCCUCCGACCUGCCCGAGGAGAGCAACCUGUCGAUGUGCGCCGGAGACUUCCUCGAGGUGUACCGCGACUCGGAGGCGGCGUGGGAGGCGCUGGUGACCCUCUUCUUCGUCGACACCGCGCACGACCCCUCCGAGUACGUGCGGGCCGCCUGGAGGAUGAUUGCAGACGGCGGCGUCUGGAUCAACAUGGGCCCGCUGCUGUGGCACUUCCACGACAUGCCCGGCGAGGUGUCCAUCGAGCUGACGUGGCAAGAGCUGCGCUCGCUCAUCGUCGCGUGCGGCUUUGUGUUUGAGCGCGAGGAGUGGUGCAGAUGCAGCUACACAUGCAACCCACAGUCGCUCUACCAGAUGCAGUACAACUGUAUCUUCUUCGUCGCCCGCCGCCCGCCGCGGCAGCCGGCCGACGGGAGCGAGCCAUGAAGGCGAUCGGGGUCGCCGCGCCAAAGAGAGUCUUGAUGCACAAAGAGCUCUCAUCUGUCAUUCCUCCCUCUCAUGCAAAUUAAGCGGCCAAAUAAGAGCCGUCAAAAG